ACUCUGAUCUUUUUCCCCUCUCUUUCUCCUUGGCCAUAUGAUGUCUUUCUCUCUCCUGUUUCUUGCUUUUCUUUCAAACUAUCAAAAUCUCCUAACACACCACAAAUUCUAGGGUUUCUUCCUUCCUUUACUUCUUCCUUCAUGCGAAUCUCUUUCUUCCAAUUCAAUCACCUACGAUGAUGGAUGGUGCGAGCAACGGUGGCAUGUUGUACCAUGAGGUACAAGAGUCCAAGCUUUGCGCUGUGCAUUGCGUCAACACGGUGCUGCAGGGUCCGUUCUUCUCCGAAUUUGAUCUCGCUGCUCUCGCCUCCGAUCUCGAUCGCAGGGAGCGACAGAUGAUGCUCCCGGCCGCACUCUCUUCCGGAGAUUUUCUUUCUGAGGAGUCGCACAAUGUCUCCCUUGAUGGAGAUUUCAGCAUCCAGGUCUUACAAAAGGCUUUGGAAGUGUGGGAUCUACAGGUUAUCCCUCUUGACUCACCUGUUGCUGAGCCUGCUCAAAUUGAUCCUGAAUUGGAAAAUGCCUUUAUUUGCCAUUUGCAAGAUCAUUGGUUUUGUAUCCGUAAAGUGAAUGGAGAGUGGUAUAAUUUUGACAGUCUUUAUGCAGCCCCACAACACCUUUCUAAGUUUUACCUCUCAGCCUAUCUUGAUUCUUUGAAAGGCUUUGGGUGGAGCAUAUUCCUAGUAAGAGGAAAUUUUCCAAAAGAGUUUCCCAUAUCCUCAGCCGAAUCUUCUAAUGGUUUUGGGCAGUGGCUGUCACCUGAAGAUGCUGAGAGGAUAACUAAGUCUUGCAAUUCAGGGCUGACUCCACAUCAGAGAACUAAUGAGAGCCAACAACAAUUUCUUUCAUCUGGGGAAGUGGAAAUGUAUUCAGACUUUGAAGAUGAGGAACUGAAGGCUGCAAUAGCUGCUAGUCUAAUGGAUUCUUCCUCAUCUGUGGCAAAUGUCAAAGUUGAGGCAAGCACUCCCCAAAAUGAUAAUCAAAGUAGUAAACAAGUUGCAACCACUGAAGAUUUCCCACAAAACGAACAAAUAAACAAACAAAAGGAAGUUGUUGAAGCUAGUCAACCUGCCAACAACCAAAGUACCAAACUGGUGGAAGCUACUGGAGAUGAUUCUCUUCAAAAAGAUCGAAGUAGUCAAGAAGUGACAUCUAUUGUAGGUCAUAAUACUCAAGAUGAGAACCAUAAUGACAAAGGAAAAGCAGUCUUGUAAAAGCAUGUGUACUUUUAUUUGUUCUAAAUUUGUUUUUGCAAUUGAGGACAAUAAGCCAUUCCAGUGGCUCAAAGUCAUGGUGCUGUGCAGUAUACACAUUCUCAAUUGAAUUGCAUGAUGUAUAAACUAUAAGAAGAACCCUUUCAACAUUUCCACAUCUUAUUAUUAUGAUUUAUUAUGAUAGUACCAAGUUUUGACGA